AGAGAAGAAGAAGAUGACAGUAGCGCACUCUACGUUCUCAGUAAGUAAUCUUAAGUAUUGCGACGAAAAAUGACGGAAGGUGAAUGAUGUGUUGAGAAAAUCUUGCAAAAUGGACAUAAAUAAAUUCUAGAGCAGUCACAGUGAUCGAAGUAAACAAGAUUCAUGUGGAAAUGCGUCAGAGAUCAAGGUACGAUCGAGUUCGUUAGUAGCAACGACGACACGACUGUGACGUUUUCACGUGGGGAAAUAUUUUACGGAUUGGGCAAUAGUUUAAGUCCAGCAAGAAGUGGACUUAAUGUGAUAUAACUUACCGAUGACAUAAAAGAAUACUCUAAAAUAAAUAUGGAGACAGAAUUAUCAGAUCACCAUAUUCAAGCUCUUGAAAGAGCUUUACAAAUACCAAGUGUAAAUUAUUUAUGGGAUAAGUCAACUGAAGUUUAUGGCCGAGUAAAAGGUACACAUAUGUUGGUUAGUUGGGCAUUCGGCACUGUUGAAACUGUUAUUACUGCAGUUCUUGAAAAAUCAUUGGUAGUUGCUCAUUUAAUGAAGAAGCCUAUAUAUACAUUGGACAAAACAUUAUGCCAAGGACUUGAUUUUGUUGAAGUGAAAUUACCUAUUAUUAAAGAAGAACCAAAGGAGAUUUUAGACCGAACAAAAUCUAUUGUUUCAAAGCAUUUCCAACCAGCAGUGCAAACAUUUAUUGAUUUAAAACAUGAAACUAAACAAAGAGUGAGAAUUAUGAAACUCCGUACUUAUUACAAAGCUCAUUAUUUACGAGUAUAUAGCUGGCGACAGGUGGAUAAAGUCAUGUCUACUGAAACAGGGAUUAGUAUCUUGAAGACUGUCGAUAAUACUACCAACUUAGCAGAGCUUAUGUUGGAUAAGUAUUUGCCUGCCCCUUGUGAAAAGCAUUACUACAAUAUGGAAUCGCAAUGCAGUGAACAUGCAAAGUUGCAUCAUACAGUGGUAAGACUAAGUGAAUUCAGUAGCAGAGCAUCGCGUCGAAUUUAUGUCGCAUUAAUGGAAAGAUUACAGCAUAUAUACAAGCUAGAAAUACUUAUACUGAUAUUGCAUGCACUUAUCGCAAUACAGACAAUCAAAGUUCUAGAAUCCGUACUGACUUUCAUUACAAAACAAUUUAACGAUCUUUGAUUUCCCAAAGCCAUGCGACUUACCUUUUAACCUGUGAUAUACGUUCGGUGUCAUAAUUUUAUUAAUAAAUUAUGUUUAAUAUUCGCAACAUACAAA